AAUUUUUUAUAAACUCAAUUAUAAUUUAAUCAGAUAUUGUAGUUAUAAAAAUUUAUUAUUUUUAAUUCAGUAGAAAGAAACUUCAUAGUUUUUAAAUAUAUCAGGCACCAUUAAUCAAUCAAGCAAUAUUCCAAUCACAAUCUUGAAAUGGCUCAAUAGAACAAGAUAGAACUAAUUAAAAAACUGUUGAAUAUGGACAAGUAGGAUAAAGUCCAAAAUAAAAUCUAAAAGCUUGAAACUCUUCUUCAAGGGAAUAUGUUCCUAGAUAAGAUCUAAAAAGAAGAUAAGCUUGAGUACAACAAACUUUUAUAUAAUGCUACAUUCGAGUAGUUUCAUCCUAAAUAAAUUGUUUAAAUCUUAGGAAAUUAUGCCAGUAAAUUCUAUGUGAUCUUAGAAGGAAGUGUAGAUGUAUUUAUUAGAGAUAGAAAAGAUGAAGAUUCAUUAUAUGGAGCAAGGUAGUUGGUUGAAGGAGAUUGUAUGAAUGAAGUAGCACUAAUUACAGGAGAUAAAAGUCUAGUUUAAUAUUAAGUAAGUGAGAAUGAAGGAAAUUGUUCUGUGCUUGUUUUAUAAAAAAAAGAUUUUUAACAAAUAGCUCCUCUUGUUAACAUUUGGCUUGAUAUGAGCUUAUUUUAUAUGAAAAACCUGCCUCUUUUUUGGAAUUAAAACGAAAAAUAUCUUCGUUUAUUCUACCUUCUUUCUACUCAUGAAUCUUAUGUCAAAAACUAGCAAGUUUUUUUAGAAGGAGAUAAAUCUGAUUUAGUUUACAUAAUAUCUUAAGGAGAGUUUGGAGUCUACAAACACUUUUAAGAUCUUUAAUUUAGAAAAUUAAAUGAUGUAAGUCAUAAUAAAUAUUUAGAUAGUCUAGGAACUACAACAGUAAAACUUUAAGAGUUUCAUCACAAUAAAAAUAUACUGACAAAGAUUUUGAAAGAUAAUGAAAUGUUUGGAGAAGAAGAUAUUAUAAAUAGAAGAUGCAGGACUUUUAGUGUAAUUUGUGAAAGUAAUGAUGGAGAUUUAAUUGUUAUGAGCAAGGCUACAUUCAAAAUUUUAUUGAUGGGAAUAGAAGGAGUUAGAAAUUAUAUUUAAACUAAGUUAAAGGUAAAAUAAACUGAAGUUUCUAGGAUAUUAGAUAAGUAGGCAAGCUAAGUAUCAAGUGCAAGAAUUCAUAUACUUGAAAAAGAUUAGUUAAAAAUAGCAACAACUCAGGAUUUUGUAAAAUCUCGCUCGUUUCUUAAUUUUUCUAGGAAUAUCUAUUAAAAUAGCAACAUGUCUAAAAUAGGAGAAUCUAUUUUGGCAAAUACAAUAAUAACCAAUAAUAACAAUAGUACCAUUUUGGAUAAUGCCUCUAGAUAUGAAAAUAUCAAUAACAACAUCAAAGUACUAAAAAGUGUGCCUAGAGAGUAGGUUAAUCAUAUUCUAAAUUAAAAUAAUUUAACAGUAACUAAUCAAUCAAAAAAGAAUGACCCUUCACGUUUGAGUUUACCUCAAAUAAAUUAAUACGAUAAUAUUUUGUAGUAGUAAUAAUAAAUAUAAUCUACUAAAGUUAAUAGACCUUAAGGAUCACAACCCAAGAGAAUAAAUUAUUCUUUUGAAAAACUUUAGAAUUAAAAAGAGAAUGAAUUUUAGUUAUAAAAUUAAUAAAAUUAGCUAAACAUAAAUUAUAACGAAUCUAAAGUGUAUAAUCCAUCUAUCUCCCAGCUUUAAUAAAUUCAAAAGUCAGAGUAGAGUGAGAGUUUACCAACUACAAAGAGGAUUCCAACAGAAACAGCUCAGCCUUACAGCAUAAAUAUAAAUCUCGAUCAAAAUACUUAAUCUAUAAAUAUACCUACUCCUAAGGUGCAAUAAGAUUUAUAAAACCACUUAAGUCCUAAAUAAUUUAGUAGCAAUUAAUUAGAUGGCUCCCAAACAAAUCUAUAAGAGAGGAAUGAAACAACAAACAGAGCUGGUGAUAAUAGCAGCAGAAGAGACUCUAAAUUUUUUGAAAAUUUCACAAGAAACUCUACUCUUUACUUGUAAAAAUAUUAAAUAAACAAAGAGAAGAAAGCACUAUUUUCAGUAGGAAAAAAGAAUGACUAAAAUGAUGAGCUGAUGGAUUAAAAAGGAAGGCAACUUUCUGAUUAGAUCUAAUAAUACAUUCUUAAAUAUGAGCAGUAAAUUAACAAAUUUAUGAGAAAUGCUUCCAAAACUUAGGAUGAUUACAGAACUAUUUCCCCAUAAGCAAAGGUAAUUUAUAAAAAGCCUCUCUCCGAAGAAGAGUAUGCUUAAAUAAGUAAGAAGUAAUCUGAUGAACCAGAAGAUAUCAAAAAUAUUAAGGAAAGAAAUUUUAAAAUAAAUGUUUAUGAAUAAAAGUGA